AUGACACAAUGGGUAACACGUGCAUUCUGCUCCAGCUUUACCAUCUACGUGGCGGUGUUCUUUUGCGUUCCACCGUUCACUACUCUGAUACCACCGCCCAAUGCAAUCAGACGUAGAGAACAUAUACUCCACCGCCUCAAUAUCUUCUCCACCACCUUAUCUCAUUUGUUUCGUUUUUCCUCUCACCACCUCCAUCAGAUAAUCAUCUACUUCACCACAGUCUCCUCCACCGAUAAUCAUCGUUGUUUUCUUCAAGAUUCCACAUCGGUGUCCACCCACCGCCAUUAUCUACUUCUGAUCUCCACCCAUCAAGAAACCUAG